AGCGCUUCCACAUGGGGUUUGACAGUCACAACUUCUCCAUCAACGUUUGGAAUCGUGCAUGCAAGAAGUAGCAAUUUAGGCCCUUCUCCUAAAACCCCUCUCCGAAAUCAUCCUCUCUUUCCUCCCUCCGGUUCUCCUUUCCGUCUGCCCAAUCCAUCCCCAUCAUAAGCCAAACGAGCGAGAGGGAUUCCUAAUUCAUAUCUGAAGAUUUCUAGGGCACAAGGGACACCGCCACAUCGCAGUAGGUCUGGCAGAGAGAAGCCAAUGGACGGCAGCAGCCUCCAUCAUCAGACGCAGAGGCACAUGAGACCCAUGGAGCAGCAUCCUCCUCCUCCUCCACCGCCUCAGGGACCUUGGAACUCCCCCCAGUUCCAGUAUCAUCCGUCUCACCCUCCUCCUCCUCCUCCCUAUCAUCAUUAUCUUCACCAUCAGCAGCAGCAGCUUCCGCAACCUCCCCAGCCCCAAUGGGUUCCGCCUCCUGACCACCCGCAGAUGCAGUUUGCGCACCCUCAUCCGCCUCCUCCACCGCCGGGGCCGUCCCACUACGGUAUCGGCUCGUACCCGCCUCCGCCGCACCACUACCCGCCUCCGCCUUCUCGGCCCUUGCCGCAUCCCCAGGUUACUCAAAUGUAUGGUCAACCGGAUCAGCCGUGGAGCAAUUCUAGUUGGCCACAAAACCAAUAUCCAGAUCACAACAUUUCUCACUACAAUGAGCAAGAUUGGGCUGCUAGGGCUAGGGCAUGGGCUGCCGCUAAAGCUGCCAUGGAAACCCAACAAACCUUUAGUUCUGUUGGAAGAAAGGAGGAGCAAAGCCCUGGUUAUCAUGAAUACCAACAUACUGUUGGGCCUCAUGGUUCUGAUACUCAACAGUCUCCUGUACCUGCUCUAAGCCACCAAUCUUUUCCAGCUUCUUUGACAGAUCACAGCAGAUCUUCUAGCCAAUACCAACUGGCCACAUCAUUUGGUCCUGAACCAUUAACUUAUCCUCAUGAUGGUCAUCCUUCUUACACUGCAAAAGAUGGAACUUUUGCUGCAGAUGCAAAAUUGCUAUCUGCAGCUCCUGAAGGAAGUAUUCUUUCAAGCUCAUCAGUUUAUCAACAGGAAUUACCUUCUAGUUAUUCUUCUGUUCCAGUAGCAGGUAACAAUGAAGCUGGGCAUGGAAGUGGGUCACAUCAGUCAUCAUCUCUACCUCCUGUAUCUUCUGGUGGUGAACUUUAUUCACAACCAGUGCCACCUGUAGCUGCUGUGCUGUCUUCGAUACAAUCUCCUAGCUAUAUAUAUGGGAAUGAGUCAGCCAUGCCUGUGAAGGAUGUCAGUGAUCAGCCUUUGGAUUAUGAACAUCCAUCUGCAUUUCACAAGCAUGAGCACCAGCACCAGCACCAAAUUAGUUAUGGGCAUAGUGCUCCAUCAGGCUUGGUAGGAGGCUCCGACCAGAUUUCACCUGCAGCUUCAAUUCACUCAUGGACAUCUCCAGUUGCUGCAGGGGUUGCUUUUCCAACAGUUCCCCCUGUACCUCCUGGUCCACAGCUGGAGAAUUCUUUUGUGCCUCAUGCACUUCCUGUGCAUCCUGUCCCCGUGCUUGGGGGGGUUUCUGGACCUAAUUUUCGCCCUACAAUCCCCCCUAUGAAUUCACCUUUUGGUGUAAGUCCUGGAACUCCUUUGCAAAUGGCAGCUGCCUUUCCCGCUGAGGUGAAUGGGACGUUUAGUAUCUCAGAGCGUCCAAAGAAGGCUUCAGUGCCCAGUUGGCUUCGUGAAGAAAUAAUGAAGAAAAAGGCUGCUGUUAUAUCCAGUUCUGUUCAGGACCAAUCCUUUGAUCUUCCUGCUCAUUCCAGUGAUGCUGAUGGUGCUGAAAAAGUGUUCAGAAAAGUUGAUCAAGAAGACAGCAAAAGCAUUGAUUCUGCAAAGUCGACUGAAGAUGACAAUGAUGAGGAUGAUGUGGAAGCAGAACGGUCAGCUGUACUCAACCAGGAGAUAAAACGUAUUCUAACUGAAGUACUUUUGAAGGUUACUGAUGAACUUUUUGACGAAAUUGCAACUAAAGUUAUGGAAGAAGAUGAUCUGGUGGUUGAGGUGCCAGUAAGCAACAAACUGCCUUCAUCAACUCCACCAACUCCUGCAUCUUCUACGCCAAAAUCAUCUGCUAGAGUUCUAGCGCCAGUAAAGCAUAACAACUCUAAUGAAGCAGAAGCUGAUAAAAAAUCUUCUUCCGGCUCACCUGGUGGAAAUGUUCUUGGUCUUGCAAACUAUGCAUCAGAUGAUGAUGAAGUUGAUAGCUCAGGUCCGAGCAAUAUGCAAAAUAAUGGUGUUGCUAAUGGAGAAGGUUUUGUUAAGGCAGAAUCAGAAGAUUCGCUUGAUAAAUGUGGAGUAUCCAAUGGACGAUUAUCUACUUCAGAUACUCAAUGUAAUGCUGCUAUUGCAAAAACGGUUUCUCGAGGUACAUCAGGUGAUAAAAGUGUGGAUGACACACCCAGAGUUUCUUCAGGCUUUUCUUCCAGCACAUUGAAGUCUGAAAAUGAAAAUGUUCCUACUUUUGUGGAUCAUUCUGGAACAAGAGGAGGGCAAUUUGAUGCUGCAAACAAAGGUAAAACAGAUGAGGUUGCAGUAAGUUCAUCACUGCAUAAGGCAAAAUCUGAUGGACAGUCUUGCACAAGUCCAGUUGUUCGAGAAAAAUCUUCUACAGAUGAACUGGCUGACAAGAUUGGCAGAAAAAAACUGAGCGGCGGUGAACAUGACUCCAGGAAGGGAUCUAAUGUUAGCAGACAUGAUCGGAGAGAGCUAGAAACUGACAAAAGUAAGAGAGGCCAGCAUGAAUCCAGUUCUAGCAAUGUUGGAAAGGCACAGGAGAACCGAAAUAUCCACAAAGAAAAACCUGAAGAAAGAAAUAAAGUGGAUAAGCUGAAGGAUACAGGAGCUAAACUAGUAGGAAAAUCAUUAGAUUCUGAUGGAGGCAAAAGCUUUAAACAUAUCAAUUCCAAAGACGAUGAUAAAUUGGUAAAUAAAUCCAGAGGGGCCAAUGUUAAAGUUGAUAGCACUAGGAAAAGAGAACGACCAACGGAAGAAAAGGAAGAUAGGUCAAGGCACAGGGAGAAAAAAGAUUCACACAAGAAGCAUCAUUCAUCCUCAAAUCCUAGUCGAGCUAGAGGCAGCAGGGUAGACUCAUCAAGCAGUGAUAGAAGCGGUGCAAGUUACGAUUCGUCGGAUGACGCAAGGAGAACAAGAACAAGAAAACGCAGCUCAUCACCUGCUCGUAGCAGGUCUAGAAAAAGACAAGUUUCGCGGUCUCCAAAUUCCAGGCAUUCCCAACGCAAGCAUUCUCCCUAUUCUUCUCAUGAUACUAGGAACAGGAAUUCAAGAUCAGUAUCACCUGUUCGUCGGCAUAGGUGAUGUGAACUCCAGGGGGCUUUGGCUGUUGCAGGCGUUGCUAAAAGGUGUUUGUGCAAGAUGCAGUGUUGGGCAUGCAGUGUUGAACGGCAUUAAAAGAUUCAUGAUGGAUACUCUCCAAGUGUUCUAAUGUGGCAACUCCAACCAAUACUGAAAGGGGAGAAACAAAUAUGGAAUUUCACCUACGCAAAUGUAUUUUUGAUAUGCAUUGUAAACCCUAAUUACUGUAUCAUGCUCUUAGUAAUUAAAUGCCUUUUGCUUCACCUAAGUCAUCAUUUUUGACAAUUUGUAACUGCAAAUGUAAAAAUGGUUGUGCAACUAGCUGUUUGUGGAAGUUUGCGAUGUUGAUUCUGUGCA